UCUUGGAAAUUCAUAAAUCGCACAAUCUUUACAUGCAGACAUAUCUGCCUCUGUGGUCUUUGGAUCAUUUGUCAGUUGAUUGUGGGUUACCAGUCUUGUUGUUUACAACAGCAUCAUUUGAGAUCGCUCAACAUAUUGUGCAUUUACUUGCAGGUGUGGAUCAAUACAUCAGACAUCAUUCUUGUUGGAUUAAGAGAUUAUCAGGACAACAAAGCUGAUGUCAUUCUGAAGUACAAUGCUGAUGAGGCCAGGAGUCUGAAAGCCUACGGAGAGCUUCCAGAGCAUGCCAAAAUCAACGAGACGGAUACUUUCGGACCUGGAGAUGAUGAUGAAAUCAUGUUUGAUGACAUUGGUGAUGAUGACGAGGACAUUGAUGAUAUCUAAACAGACACACUGUGAGGAGGAUGGCAAACUUUUGCUCGGCCUGGAAAGAUAUGACCAAUCUCCCAUGCCCCCUUUGGAGUGGCUACUCUUCCCUGCUUAUCAGGUGGCUCCCGUUAGGAUUCUGUCACCACUAACAUGACUACAGCACCAGGCUCACCCAAUAUAUUUUGUUAUCUUGUGUAUUUAUAUUAAUUUCACACACACGUGGAAUUUAGUUCAGAAUCUCUGGAUUCGCAAUAAAAAGAUGAACCAUUUUAUAUUUGGUCUGGCAGUCUGAAUCAUUGUAGAGAUUUUAGUCAACUUGUUAUUACCGCCUGAGAGCUUAAAUGGUAAGAAAUGUUUCUUCAAGAACAGUUUUAUGCCACUAAGAUGCCUCCAGUCUAACUGAAUGUUUUUUUUUUUUAUAUAUAAUUUUUUUUUUUUUAUCUCCAAUAAAUACAGAUAUUGCAAUGCAGUAGGUCAUGCAUUGAUUGUAAGAAUUAACACCAAAAUUGAGAGCAAGCUUGUCUCCGGCCCAUUAACCCCAAGGCACCAGUUAGCUGUAUUUUUCUAUUUGACAACCUCAAUAUGUUUUUUUUUGACUCUUGGUAUAGAUAAUUGAAUAAUAAAAAGAUCUCUGUGCAAAGCAGCUUCAUUUAUGAAAACGAAAGAAAAUGCCUGUCCGAGCCUUUAUCUGUUUCUAUCUGUAUAGCAGUUGUGUUACAUUGAAGUAUUGUAAAAUGCUGUCUUUAUGGAUUGAGGGAUGUUGAAUAAAAAAACACCAAUACAUUAAA